AUGACAGACUUCCAAUCCAAAACCAUCCCGGCCCCAGGAAACCAUCCUGACAUCAAAUCCGACGCACACCGCGUAUUCGAAGUCCUCCGAUCAGGAGGCAUUGCUCUGAUCCCAACCGAAGUCGGCUACGGCCUCGUGGCCUCCUCCACCGAAGCCAUCCAAAAAGCCUUCGAAGCCAAAAAGCGCCGACCAGGCCACGCCCAAGGAGUCGUCGGAUCAUACAAGCUACAUCGAGAGCUACACAUUCUGCCGGAUGAUAAACUAGAGAUGAUUCGCGUCCUUCACCAGGAUCUCGACGUGGGAUUUGGCGUUGUUGCGCCGUUCCGAGCAGAGCAUCCGCUUCUUCAACGGCUCACGCCCGCGACGCUGGCGAACGCGACGCAAAAUGGUACGCUGGGAAUGUAUUUUGGUGGAAGCUCUUUUUUGGUCGAGUUGGCGCGAUUGAAUGACAAAGCGGGUCAGUUGAUGCUGGGGUCGAGUGCCAAUUUGACCGGGACAGGCCAGAAGUUUAGAAUCGAGGAUGUUGAUGCUGAGAUCAAGGCGGCUGCUGAUAUUAUUGUCGACUAUGGGCUGCAACGGUAUCAUAUUUAUGAAGGACGCGCCUCUACAAUAAUCGACUUUGAGAAUAUGAAGGUUCUCAGAAUGGGCUCCUCUUAUGAGCUAAUUCGGGACCGUUUGAAGAAAUUUUGGGGAGUGGAAUUACCAGAGGAUCCUAUGUUUGACAAAUCCAAGUGGAAAGACGCGACGAAUUAA